AUGGCCAAGAACAAGAGCACAAAGCCGACUGCCAAGGUCACGAAGGCAAAGUCCGACUCAAAGUCUAAGAGCUACCCCAAGGUUUCCGCCGUAGUUCUCGACCUUGUCCACAACUUCCUGGUUGACAACGGGUUCGAGAAGGCUGCCAAGCAUUUUCAGUCCGAGGCUACACAGCGCGACGCGACAUGGAAGGAUACUGCAAAGGGCAAGCCCGAGCUUCCCGAAAUUAUCGAGGAGUGGGAGGAAGAUAGGGAAAUCGACAACGAGAUCGAGGUGGAGGCCAAGAACGAGGACUCGGAUAGCAGCGACAGCGACGACUCGGAUGAUAGCGCCAGCGACAGCGACGAUUCUGAUGAUAGCGCCAGCGAGAACGGCGACAGCAGCGACAGCGAGGAUGAUAGCGCCAGUGAUAGCAACGACAGCAGUGACGAGGACGAGCCGCCAAAGAAGAAGGUGAAGAAGCAGAGCGACUCUUCCGCCAGUUCAGAUGAGGAGAACGACUCCGGCGCCGAAUCGGAGGCCUCUGCUUCAAGCUCUAGUAGCUCUUCAUCAUCGUCUAGCUCUUCCGGCUCCUCCAGCACCUCCUCCGCCAGCGCCAAAGAGAACUCGUCUCCCUCCUCUUCCUCUUCCUCGUCCUCAGAUUCCGAAAGUGACUCCUCGUCAUCGUCCUCUGAUUCCGACUCUAGCACCGAGAAGAAGAAGAGCAAAAAGUCUACGAAGACCGAGAAGAAGGCUAAGGACAUCAAGAAGGAGAGCAGCGCGACCCCCAACGCCUCCAGCAGCGGUAGCGACACCAUGGUUAGCGGCUCGCCAACCACAACCCCUGGCAACAAACGCAAGAGGAACGACUCUGCCGCCGACACCCCGAGCAACGCCGUCUCUGGCACUAGCACUCCCGACGGCAGCAAGCGGGCUAAAAAAUCGAACGUGCCCUUCAGCCGUAUUCCCACAGACCAAUACGUCGACCCCCGAUUCCAAAGCAAUGCUUUCGUGCCUUACGAUUAUGCACAACGCGCCCACGAGAAGCUGAUCAUCACUAAAGGCAAGGGGUUCACCAAGGAAAAGAACAAGGGCAAGAGGGGCAGCUACCGCGGUGGCUUGAUUGACACGCACGCUGUGAAUGGCAUCAAGUUUGACGACUAG